UCUUCUAUAAACAACCUUUUUUCUUUUGUUUAUUAUUUUUUUCCUUGUGUGGGCUCGUUUCAUAAGGCAUUCUCUGGCACGUGCCAGAGGGAAGGUUCGAGCGCACGCGCUCACGGCGGGGGCCAGCUUCUCCGCAGCACGACUUGACGGCUUUGUGGGCGACGCGUUUUCCCCCACCACACCCCACCCCGCCGCCUUUUUUUUCUUUCGCAUCUGUGGCUAUACAAACAAGAUUGCGCAAGAGGAAAGGCGUCUUGCAUGUGUCUGCUGCCACCCGGAUCGCGACGUUAUAAAGCUGGAGGCCGCCAACUAAAGGAAUGCGAAGAGUUGUUUUCAACGCCGCUCAGGACCCGCACGUAGGGAUGGCUGCGCUAUUCGACCCUGACUCUAUCAGUACGUCUCUAAUUGAACUUGGUACUCUGAAAGCGCUCGUAUGGACCGCGGCACUGCUGACUGUAGCAUGGCUUAUGACGAGUCUGUACGCUCCGCAAUGGUUACGGAUAUGGCUGGCAUUGCGGUCACUACCGGGACCUUGGGAUUGGAUACCGUUGUGGUUUUCGGUCCGUGUGGUUUGGGCCAAUCGGAACCGGCUGGGGACGGAUGACUACACCGCAGUUAUCUUCAGCGUCAUUACUGAACUGUCCAAACUGUACGAAGGCAAGACAUUCAAGGCGUACCUGGGCAUCAUUCCUGUCGUGGGAAUACACACGCCUGAUGCUGUGCAGACUGUUCUCACGGGCAAAUUGAAGUCUGACAAGCCUUUCCUGUACAAGUUCCUAAAGCCGUGGCUUGGUCAUAAGAGCCUCUUGAUGAUUGGCGGUGAUCCAUGGAAGUCCAAACGCAAGGUGUUUAUGCAAGCUUUCCAAGCAAAUGCCAUGGAAAACUACUGCCACUUCAUCGGGAAAAACGCCGACUGUCUGGUGGCGCGCAUAGAGAAGAUGCUGAAGGAGGCGCCUGACGAGCCCAUACGAUGCCUCGACAACGUGCAAAUGUGCACCUUGGACAUUAUUGGACGUGUUACCCUUGGGGUAGACUUGGGUGUUCAGGGAGAGAAGCAUGGAAACUACGGCACCUUCUUUCAUUUGCUUACAGUGCUGGUGAGCAUGAGAAUCUUUCAACCUUGGACUUGGCUGGAUGAGCUUUACUUCUUGACGCACAACGGCCGCCUAUUUCGGGAAAGCCUGCGAAAAAUAGAAGACAUCGUCUACGGCGUAAUGAACAGACGGAAGGACGAACUGCAGAAGCUCUCAAAUCAUACCGCCGACGGCGAAGCUCUUCAGAAGAAUCGAGACGGCAGCGGCUCGUUGUUCAUGGACAGCCUCCUGUUGGCACACAUGAAGGAACCUUCUUCGUAUAGGCUGGAAGACGUCAGAAAAGAUGCGGACUUCAUGAUGUUUGCAGGCAGUGAUUCUAGCUCGUGUGCGAUCAGCUGGAGCCUCUAUAUCCUGGGGCUGCAUGCGGACAUACAAAGGAAGGUGCACGAAGAAUUGGACUUCGUUUUCGGAGACCGUGCAAACACGGAAUGCACACAGGAAGAUCUGAAACGUCUACAGUACAUGGAGUGCUGCAUAAAAGAGACCUUGCGCCUGUUUCCUCCAUUUCCCUACAUCGGAAAGAUCCUUGACCAAGAGUUGACACUCGAUGGGUGCAUCUUGCCGAAAGGUCUUUCGUGCUUUAUCAACUUCUACAGUCUGCACCGAAAUCCAAACGAAUUUGAUAGACCAGAAGAGUACGUACCGGAGAGGUUCAUGUCGGAAGAAAACAGCCACCGCCACCCCUUCAGCUACGUUCCCUUCUCUGCAGGGCCAAAGAAUUGCUUAGGUCAAAAGUUCGUUAUGAUGGAGAUCAAGGUUGUGCUUGCCAAGAUAUUGUCCCAGUUUACUGUCGAAUCCACGCGCCCACUACAAGAGGUGGAGAUGACGUUCGAUAUUGUCCUUAAAGCCAAAGGAGGACUGCCUGUGUUGUUCCACAAGCGCUACUAAACAUGAAUAAACUUUAGGCAACUUUGACAAAAUGAUAGACUGUUUAUUUUGGGGGAAAACCUAUAUACACUGAAAUGCAUCAGCUAUCGAUGUUUAAAAAAUGAUGAACAAGUGGCAAAAUGAGCUACCGAAGAGCCAGCCGGCAAACCCAACAAUAAAAAAAAACUCCAGUGAAUAAAGAAUGUGUUAAAAAAUAAAUCGAAAGCAAAAAAACAGUGGGAACGUGGUUCAACCUGUAGUUGACGUCGGCGAAAGACAAUGCCGUCCUGAGCUAGUUGGUUGUGAGAAUGAAGCGGUGGUGGUAGUGGUGGUGGUGGUGGUGGUGCAGCAGGCGGGGUUAGCCUGGCAUACAUAGCCGGCAAUUAUUCCGUCUCUGCCUCCUAUGUGUGUCACUAAGUGUAUCAUCAGGUGUCGACGAGCCCCGUGUAUCGCAUGAAGGCAAUCAACAGACGUUGUACGCUCUUCCUGAUUGCCGAAGGCCCUCCGAGGAAAACGACGCCUUCAAAGGUCCUGUGCGAAGGACCGUUAUUUUGCAGGCUGUCAACCAGUGCUUUUCUUUCUGUGUCGAAUUGCGGGCAUAGCCAAAUGAAAUGUUCGAUGUCGCCGAUGUCACCACAGAAGGCGCAGAGCGGGGUAGCGCAUCGUCCAGUCUUGAAUAACCAAGCGGGGGUGUACGCGGGCUCUGCUCUGAUGUUGUACAACAGCGUUGCUUCUUCGCGAGUAAGUCUAUCUCGCCAUGAGAGUAGCAGGAGUGUCGGAUUGCUUAAAUAUUUUGCUUCACUGUCUGCGGGAUUGGCGUCCAUUUUUAGACAGCACAUACCGACGGGAAAGGGCCACAUUUUGAGAUUGCGCUAUUCCUUUGGGACUCGCCUACAUUUUUAUAGUGCACAAUCUCCGUGAGCGGCCCACGAAAGAGACUAGAAACACAUACCUGACACGUGAAAGUGAGGGUAACUCGCUAAUAAAGGCAUUGCCUUAAAAGAAACAGUAAGGAAAAAUAGUGAAAGAACAGAGUAUCACCUAACUCCAGUGUACCUGCUAUGCAAUAAACAUCGCGCUGAAUCGGCGUCAUACGAGCGUCCACUCGCAACAAGCGUUACGAAAACAGUCUAGAUUCGUAGUCAGAACACGAAAAGCAAAACACAGUGAAAGAAAAGCGCAGUUUACUUGUACUAUUUUGUAAAUGCAGCUGUUGUUGAUGAGUAGACAGUUACCGGAAGUAAUCAAAUUUGCGAGUAAACCCUCUGUCAUAACAAGCUCCGUCUAUACAUUCUGAGACACUUCUUGUCUCACUCGUCAUUUUCAGAAUAAUAAAUUUAAAGAUUAAUAAUCGUCAUUAUAGUAAGACAC